AUCUUUCAUAUGUUUAAAGAUACUGCUCAGUUUAGGCAUCAGUUCAAAAUCAUCGCUUGCGCCGAUCGGCAACAUGUUCCUUGAAACAUUACUAUUAUUAAUAACGAUAAUAGUAGGCUAUUAUUGGUACAUUUAUAAGAAAGCUCAUUAUUAUUUUGAAUCGAAAGGGGUCAAAUACUUACGUGGCGUACCUUUCUUUGGGAAUCUCAUGAAUAAUUUGUUGAGGAGAACGCAUUUGUGGGAGGACUAUGAUGUAGUCUAUAAAGCUUUUCCCAAUGAGAGAUACGUUGGCUUUACCGACGGCGUCUGUCCGGGCAUCUUUAUUCGCGAUCCUGAGAUUAUAAAACAUGUUACAGUUAAGGAAUUUGAUCAUUUCGUCAACAACAAGGAUUUGUCCCCAGAAGGAGAGGAGUCAAUUUUAAAAAACAGCUUGAUAAUGCUGAAAGAUGAAAAAUGGCGGAAAAUGAGAGCAGCUCUUAGUCCAGCGUUUACUGCAUCUAAAAUGAGAGAAAUGGUCCCAUUAAUUACUGAAAUCAGUCACAAUAUCGUUGAAUACUUGAAAGAACACCUAACUGAAGACAUAGAUUUAGAUGACUUGAUGUCCAGGUAUUCUAAUGACGUCAUUGCAUCAGCAGCUUUCGGCCUCCAAAUAAACUCGUUGAAAGAAAGAGACAACAUCUUCUUCAGGGCAGGAAAAGAUGUGUUUAAUUUUAGCCUCUUUCAAUCAAUUCUUAUGAUUUUUUCAGACCACUUUCCAUCUUUAUCGAAGAAACUAGGAUUCACAAUCAUACCUAAAUCAACAUCAGAAUUCUUCCGGACUCUAAUAGCUAGUACCGUGGACUAUAGAAUAAAAAAUAAAGUUGAAAGACGUGACAUGAUACAGUUGUUAAUGCAAUUAUCGACAGAAUGGACAGAGACUGAGCUAGCCGCCCAACUUUUCGUGUUCUUCGUUGCUGGAUUUGAGACCACAGGAAACACUUUGAUCAACUGUAUUCAUGAAUUAGCCCUAAGCCCGCAUAUUCAGGAUAUCCUAUAUGAGGAGUUGAAGGCUUUCAAGGAGACUAAAGGAAAUCUGGUUUAUGAAAAUAUUGGGGAAUUAAAAUACUUAGAUUGCGUUUUAAAUGAAACGAUGAGGAAAUGGUCUGCUGCAAUCUUUGUUGACAGGAUCUGUACGAAGCCAUAUGUCCUUCCACCGCCCAGGGAAGGGGGCAAACCGUGCCAGCUAAAACCUGGUGAAGUAAUAUACAACACAGUAAAUUCAAUUCAUAUGGAUCCAAUAUACUAUGAAGAACCUGAGAAAUUUAUCCCGGAAAGGUUCUUAGAUGAGAACAAGCAUAAAAUCAAACCAUUUACUUUCAUGCCAUUCGGAGUUGGACCAAGAUAUUGUAUUGGAUCAAGGUUCGCUCUGAUGGAGAUGAAGAUAUUACUCUUCCGCUUGAUGCUAAAUUUCAAGGUCUUGAAAUGCGCGAAGACUCUGGAUCCGAUAAAAAUGUCGCCAGUAGGAUUCAACAUGAAUAUAUGGGGUGGUAGCUGGGUGAAAUUUCAGGCCAGAAAGGCGUAAACGAAUUUUAAUAUUGGCCAAUGUUAUUGACUAUGCUAUUGGGUUCUAUUAUUUAUUUAUUUUCGAACUUUUGAUAAACUAUGAUUUUAUAAAAACGAUAUGAUUUACAUAAGAUAAUCUAACUUGAUUAAGAAUUGCUCAGUUCCAGUCACAGCCAAUAUCCUAAGACCUGGAGGGGCGUACGGAAUCGUAAGCAAAACUGCAUUACGCCUGUACCUCAUUACCAUUUUCGAUCCAGCAUAUAAAUCUAUGCACAAAGUCGACCGAAACUAUGUCAUCGACACUUCAAAACAAUUUCAAAGUUCUAGAUAGAAACAGCCGCAAUGCUAAAUAAAUGACAUAUCUAUGGAUAUAGAACCAGGGUACCUAAAAUCGAUCUUAUUACAUAUAUUUUGUAGGAGCCUUUAUAAAUUAGAAACUUAGACAUAUCUGUUUAUCGGGAUUCAUACAUAAUUAUUAUCAAUAACGAAUUAUUGUGUUUGCUUGUCAAUAUUCAAAUAAUAAUUGCGAGAAUCCGUUAAUUAUGACUAUGUGAGAAUAAUAAUAUUAUUUUUUCAAUUAGACACAUUUAUAUUGAAAAAUAUUAUACUUGUUUUUACAAGUGUUACUAUAUUGUGUUGUUAUUGUGUUAUUCAACGUAAAAAAGUAUUAAAUAUAAAUAUUUAAUGCAAUUAUUCA